AUGAAACUUCUAUACAUAUGUGAUACGCGUUUUCGUGCGUUUAAUUCUAAGGAGAAAAAAUAUUUGUUUAAGUGUUGGUCUUGUUCCUUACAAGAUUUACUUAAUAAUAGCAAUCAGCGAGAUAUUCACUUGUGGCUCGUUUGUAUAAACCUUAUUGACUACAUUGAUAUGCUAACAUUUUCUGACCCAUUUGAUUAUGAAAAUGUAAAAAAGGCAUUGGAAAAAAUAUCCCCUCAUUUUGAUUUGAAUAGGGAGAAUUCCACACACGACACAGAAAUAGCAGUAGAUCCAUUAAUAGCUUUUUUAAAAAACACAGAAAACAAAUCUGAAAUGAUGAAAUGCGACAAAGUAACAAUUCUAUCUUGUAAUAUUCACCUGUGGGAAGAUAGAGUUUCCGAAUUGCAGCUUUUAGCAAACCUAUUCAAUGCCUCCAUGUGCAAAUUUUACUUUUUUAAUGUACAUAAGAAUGGAACUGACGUAAUGGACAAGAUAAACAAAAUAAGCUAUGCUCUGGAGAAAUACUCAAACUUUCUUUUUAAAAACAUUCAACUGAAUAAAAUUGAUAUAUUACAAAUAUCGAAGGAAAUAUUAUCCCUCAAGUUUGUUGUUUCAUUUACCCUUAGUUUACAAAACCAGCUCGUUCUGAAAUGUGAAGGAACACCUUUGAUAACUGAAGUGGGAUACACUGCUUUUGUCAGUCUAAAUAAAUACUCAGUUGUAUUUGACAUCAGGGCAAAAGCAUUAAAGGAUGGUAUAUCACAGCACUUGAUAUAUGGGAUACCUAUAUUCGCAUGUGACAAAUGGGGUUUUGAGCAAAAUUUAGUUUCACUUGAAUGUCUUUCCAGGGAGUUGUAUGAAAAUGAGCAAGUGAUCAUCCUAAGAUCAAACAUAAAUCCUACGGACUUAAAAAUGCACGAAAAGGAAGUUCGCUUUCUGUGGGUUGGAACCCCCAUGUUAAAGGAUGAAACGUCAAUAGCCCUAUGUUUGCACGGAUUAUCUACUCAAGAAACGUAUUCUCUUUCGAUCGAAGAAUCCUUCAAAGAAUGCGCUGAAAAAAAAGAUCAGCAUAUCUCAGAUGUAAAGAUAAAGGAAAUAUUUAACUUUUUAAUUUUGAUAGAACAGUUUAACCCCUUGGACUACAGCAACGAGCGCUUCGAGUAUUCCUGCAAAUGUUUUCGAAAAUCGUUGAUAAGUUUACCAGACAGGGUUAACCAUUCACAGAAAAGAAAAAAAAAAAAAAAAACGACACUCUUAAACAUCCAACCUGAUGAUGCUUAUGUAAAUACAAAGAAUAGUGUAUCUAUUGGAACACAAGGUACUAAGGGAGGAAGAAAAAAUGACAUCUUAAAAAAAAACAUGGAAAUUCUGGAUCCUCGAUCUCUUCUACUAGCCAAUAUGAAUAAGGCUUUUCAGAAAAAUAUUAUAUAG